AAAAUCCUUCAACUACAACCACAAAGAAACCACACACACAAAAAACUAUCCAACACAUCAUGGUUACUCUCGUCAUCGCUCCCGAAUACGGAUAUACUCUCGCCGUCUCCGUCCUUUCGAGUGUUCUAGUCACAGGUUUUGGGUUCAAGGUCGGAGCAUACCGCAAGGUUGCAGGUGUUCCUCUUCCUCAGAUGUAUGCGGAUGAGGUGGAGGCCAAGAAGGACAGGAAGAAGCAGAUCUUUAACUGCAAGCAGCGCGUGCAUCAGAACACACUUGAGGGCUUCGGCUCUUACUUGGUGACGCUCCUCAUUGCUGGACUUCGUUACCCUGUUGCCUCUGCCGGAUUGGGAUUAGUGUGGUGCGCCGGACGUGUCGCCUACAGCUACGGAUACACCAGUGGCGAUCCAGCCAAGCGUCAGUGGGGUGCCUUUGGUCACAUUGGUGACCUCGGACUCUUGGGUUUGACUGGCAAGAUUGCUUUCGACAUGAUCAUGUCUACUUAAAAAGUAGAAGAAAA